UGUCGAUAGGGGAGAGCUCAGAGAGACGACACUUCCUAAAAAUCCAUUUCACGUUCCAUGGGAUAUUCCAGCAAUGCCCCUUCUGUGGGCUUGAAGACAGACAUGGAGUUGAGAUUCCUGCUGCUGUUGCUCUGCAUCUCAGGAUUCGAGGCACAAGAGUUUGACGCAGUGGUGAGCAGAGAGGAGGGGCAGAGGCUCAUUGUUGAGUGUCGCUACAAUUACUGGGAUUACAGUGCAACGCCGAAAACCUGGUGCCAGCUGAGAGAUGAGAAAUGCUUUCCAUUAGUUAGCACCUCUUACACAUCAUAUGGAUACCGUAACAAGGAUACCUUUGGAAGAGCCACGAUAGAGGAUCACACCGGCAAUGGGACUGUAACCAUCACCAUGGAGAAGCUGCAGGUGCAGGACUCCGGCGUGUACUGGUGCGCGCGCUAUUACCCACCCAAUACAAUGUAUCCACUGAUGACAAUUAAACUGGAUGUUUCCAAGGAAGUCCAAGAAUACGAUGCUAUUGAGGGGCAGAGUCUCUCUGUCCAGUGUCCAUACAACACACAGGAUUACAAAGAGGUGAAGAAAGCCUGGUGCAGAUGGAAAGGUCAGACUAGAUGUGAUGUCUUGGUCAAUACUGAUCGCAGAUACUACGGAUAUCAAAACAGGGCUCAGAAAGGCAGAGCCAGGAUACAUGACGACACCCAGAAAGGGAUUGUUACUGUCACCAUGGAGAAUCUGCAGGUAGACGAUGCAGGGGUGUACUGGUGUGCACACUACAAGCCUCCCAGUUUUUACCUAAUCUUUGAAGUUAAACUGGCUGUUACCAAGGCUACAACUACAAGUGUCGUCCCAGUUACCUCAAGCACAGGUCACACCAGCCUAGUCCUUAGCACAGCUAGUGCUGGGGUCACCCCAGCAGACAGCAGUUCCCUCAACUCGAGAUCUACCUUCCUUUGGCUGGCAGUUGGCUUCCUCAUCAACAAGACCCUGUUAGCUGUGAUGAUAGCUCUCCCAGUGAGAAGAAGAAACCGCCUCCGAGGAAGCACCCAGGCACCAACAAAUCUUGAAUUCAUGGGCAAUGGGGCACCUGAAGCAAGCACUGGAGACCUGUCCGAGGGGGAGAGGAGCUGAUACAAAUCUCCUCCUCCAGAAGCAUCUCUGUACUUGAACUUGGUGAUGUCAUCUCUGCCCAGGCUCUGAGCAGAAACGGGUGCCCAUUCCCCAAACUGUAUCCAAGCUUCCAUCCCUAGAUAGACCACCUCCUCUCUACACUGCGUACCCCAGACUUCAUACACAAUAGCAUGGAGAGAGGAUGCAGAGUGAUGCAGCUCCUUACCUAAGCUCCCCUUCCAGUUGCAUUCCCUGGGAUAUCAGCUGGGCUCUCUACCACCUCAGUAGUUUUACAUCUAAUAAUGCAGUGGGUCUGCUUCAGUGGUUCCCUGAUAUCCAUGAGGAAAAAGCAAUCCUCCGCUUUCUUUCCAAGCUGCUCUUCCAGCUGGGUCAGAAUGCCCUCCCCACCAGAACACACUUGAGAAAUAUUGAGUCACUCUGGCUAGGUACAAAUGAUGGUUUCCAGCCUGAUUUUAUGAACGGUCUGUAUCCUUAUGUCUUAUGACUGCCCUUGACUGUGUUCUGCCUCAUGCUCCUUGUGCUAAGAGGAGAGUGGCACCAGUCCAUGGACAGGUUGAUCAUUAUAGACUAGCAGCACCAGAACAGAUCUUAUUUGGGGAGAACACAGGAGUAAUUGCAUGACAGAUCAAGUUCGCUUUCUCCAAUGUCACUGCAUGGGGCACUGGAGGCUUGAAGGAAUGGAAUUUUCCCGGAAGCAGAACAAAAAGAUCCAGUGUUAGCACGGGGUCUUAAAAACUGCAGCAGCUUAGAGAUUCAGGAGGGACUCAACGGAAGCUUGAGCAGCAGAGAAUAACAGUGGGGCAUGUUUUCAUAGCUGUGGGCGGGGGGGGAGUCCUGUUGAAUUGUGGAGCAGUUGAGGAAAAAGGAAGUUGGAUGAAGAGGAGAGAGACAUUGUGAUUCAGAGGAGAAGCCACAUGCAGGAGAGGAGAUCCUGGACUCAUAGCGGGCUCUAACCUAAGCCCAAAGAAUGCUCAAGAACAGUUAGCAAUCUGAAGCAGGGAAAUGCACACAGAUGUCUUUGUUUGGACUAUGUCUUUAUACGUCUUGAGCGUCUAUAGAGUGGUUGGUUUGGGAGCUUUUGCAAAGUCAGUGUGUUACGUGCUUCUUCUGUCACAUGUCCCUAGAGAAGUAACCUGUAACCCAGAGCACCCACAAAGUUGGAGCUCUUGGAAAGGGGGAGCUUAAACUACUGGAAUGGCCGUGGGGUCCUGGAGGUUUAGAGCAGCUGGACCACGAGCUCCCAUCUCCAUGAAGCGUGCCAGAGGGGCCAAGGAAAGAGGCAGUGCUGGAGCCUACUCAACCUUGGAAAGUUCAAAGCACAUGGCUCUAGACUAGAGGAUGGACCCGUGCACAGUACUCUGCUGAGUGUCCAGCAGAGCUUUAGCGGGGCUGAAUAUCCACGGAAGCUCUCUGCUGUACUGGCUGCAGAUGGGGCCAGUUUUGUAGGGUUGCCAAUAGUCUUGUGUCUUUAAGACUGUCCCUUAUUUAAAUAAAAAAUUGCCUGUCCCAAACUAAAUCAGUAUUGAGAGCCUUUUAUCAUCUGUUUCAAUGUAGAGUGUUGCCAGAGGAAAGCAGUCCAGAAUUUGGCCUGGCCUCCCCUCUGUCAUGCAUGGUGGGGCAGCCAGGUCAAAUCUGAGUAGCACUGACAGAGGGGCACGGCCAAGAAACUGGUCCUGUAUUUUUUAAAUACAAUGUUGGCAACCUUACUGUUACUCCAUAUGCUGUACAAUGCUGAAGGCUGUAACAACUCUGUUAAACUGAAAAUACAAAGUAUGAACCCUGACAACACCCAUUUUUUCAUGUUCUCCGUGUAUAUAUAUUCUCCUAAUGUAUCUUCCACUGCAUGCACCUGAUGAAGUGGGUUUUAGUCCAUGAAAGCUUAUGCUCAA